UCUGGAUUGUGCUUACAUAAGCCGGAGAAAAAGAAAAACUGGCUGGAAGAUGAGUGUUCUUAUAGGUGGAGGGACUGGGUUUGUUGGUAGACACCUAUCAAAGUUGUUGAAAGAUAAAGGCUACAAGGCCAUUGCAGUGUCCAGAAAGCCAGGAAAGGAGAGAGUCACAUGGGCUGAUGUUAAGAAAAAUGGUCUUCCAGAGGACUGUAAAGCUGUAGUUAGCCUGUCCGGAAGAUUGGUGCUGGAACCAUUUAAAAGACUCGAUGAUGCAUACCUAAAGGACCUGUAUGACAGUCGCAUAGAACCUACAAAAAUACUGGCUAAUGCUGUCAGUGAAGCCAAACAACCACCACAGGCAUUUGUGACUAUUUCUGGAGUUGGUUUCUACCCUCCAAGUGAGAAGACUUCAUACACAGAGGAUAGUGAGGGAGGCUCUGAUUGGCUGGCCAAACUGUCUCGUGAGUGGGAGGCGGCGAGCACAUUACCUGAUACUGUCAGCACUCGUAGGGUCAUUGUCAGAUCUGGUGUUGUACUUGGACCGGAUGGAGGAAUGAUCAAGCAGCUGUUGCCAGUUCCCCUGGCCGUGUACCUUCCCAUGUUACCGAUAGGGAGCGGUAAACAGUGGUUUCCAUGGAUACAUGUUCGAGACAUUGCUGGAAUUAUUGCAUACGCAAUAGAAAAUGAUCGUGUGACUGGAGUGUUGAAUGGUGUUGCACCCCAGCAUGUGAAUAACGAUGAUUUUACAAAAUCAUUUUGUAAGGCCUUCAAAAAGAUGAGUUAUGGCCCCUUAUUUGUGCCUGGAUUAGCUAUGAACUUGGUGUAUGGCCAGGAUAGGGCAAUGAUGGUACUACAGGGACAGAAAGUUAAGCCUGAGCGAACACUUGAAAUGGGCUACGAAUAUUGUCAUCCUGAUAUUGACAGCGCUAUGCAUGAUAUCAGCAAGGCGUUUUUAAAAGGAAAUUAAGUUUAUAAUUUAUUGUUGAUAUUAUAAUUGUUACUGGUUCAGUGCAAUUAUAUGGUUCAUAUUAACUUGUAAAGGAUUGUUUGGAGUGUUAUACUUUAAAGAAAUGGUGCAUUUUGAUCUGAGGCUCAGCUCAUUUAUUUUUCUAUUGUACAUGGUUUUUGUUGGUAUUGUCUACUAAAAAUAGUCAUAAAUACUCAUGAA